AUGGCCGAGCAUGCUGUGCAACGCGACGCCGUCCAGGCUGCGCGCGCGAAAGAGGAACUAGACGCCGUGGGAUCCAUACCGGAGGCCGACGCUCGAAAGGUGCUGUAUUACCUCUGCAGCGAAGACGAGGGGGUCCGGAGGAAGGCUCUCGACUUUUACCAGGGCGCCCCGAAGAGGGACGUGUGCACGCACUGCGAAAAGGAAUUCGACCCGGACAACAACGCCUCCGACGCUUGCUGUUACCACCCAGGGGAUUUUGAGCUGGAUGAAGAGCUUGAAGUCUGGGACGGCAUGGACGACUAUGACUGGCCCCCCGAGCAUUAUCAAAGAGACAGCGAGUCCAAUCGCGAAGAUAUCCCCGAGGGAUUCAGGUGGAGCUGCUGCAACCGCGUGGGGGAUGUAAAGGGGUGCCAGACGGGGAGACACGAGGGCAAUGGGGCGAACACUGCAGCAGCCACGACAUACGGACUGGCGCUCGAGGUCAACAGGAUGAAAGCGAAGAGGCUCGGCGAGCUCGCCGGUAGGGCGGGCAAAGAGUCCGGGAUCCAUGGUCCGGGAGAGCAGCAGGCCAGCAACAAGCGCAAGGCAGACGGCGAGCCCGGCGACGGCGACGCGAGCAAGGUGAAGAAAGGCGCCGGCGCGCAUUGA